AUGCUGCUCUACAACUGGGGUCAGAGAUUCGGUUCACAUUUCAGCCAGUCGGACCAGGGGCUAUUCACAUACAAUGUUGGCGAACAAUAUAUGCCAUACUUGAUGAACAGCUUGGCAACAGCGACGACAGUAGAUGGGGCGCCGCGAGUUCAUCCCAAGCUAGACAACACUGGCUUUUACUUUACGGGCCGCUCUUAUGGAACUGGAGCCCCGAUCGGUCUUGUAGACGAUGCGUUAAGCAAAACGUCACAUGCCACUGGUUAUUCCUAUAUUGAACAUGGCUAUGUCCCUCACGUUGACUGUAUUUACAACUCCAGCGCCGACUUCAGUCUUCAGUGCCAGAGCAACACUUACACAGUCUGUACGGCGAUCGGUUACCUUCCGAAUAGUCUGCUUGGGGAGCCGGAAGCGCUGGAGUAUAUGGGUUAUUCAUCUGACCCGAUGGUGACCAUCGGCGUCACCUCUAACCCAUCACAGCCAAGGAGAAUGCUAGCCAUGGCCGCCGGCAGAGAUUACGAUCACUUGGACAAGGUGCAGUGUGAGUGGGAGUUCAAACCAUCACAGUUCUCUGUUUCCACGGACUUCGCGGCGAAGAACAUCAGCGUAACACCGUUGCAUCAGGGCUCUACUUCUCCAAGCACCGACGACUUCGAACCAAAAGGGAACCUCACUUUCCUCGCUAAUUGGCAAUUCAACCUUAUGUCAUCGGAUCUCUCGAGCCUGUACUCCUCAUUCCUAGGGAAGUCCAUCAAUGCCAACAUUGAAAAUUACAAAUUUGCGCACAAUGCCAACAGGACGCAAUCCCAACUAAGCGAUGGCGAGGCAGUACUAGGUGGUCUUGAGGCCGCACUUGAAGCUGUGAUGGAUGACAUACUUCUUGGAUACGCAGGAGCGCAACUGAUGGUCGCCAAUGUAUCAUCCGACGUUGAGGUCCAUCUGCUCACCCGAUCAGUGAAAUUUGGGCAGACUAGCUGGAUCGCAGCAGCGUUUGCAUUCAAUAUCUUGCUAUUGAUGUGGACGUCCGCAGAGGCUGUGAGAACAAGUGGCUGGAAAACGCUUACGAAGUUUGACUUCACCGAUCCGGCCCAGCUGGUCUUAGGUACAGCGCGAGCUACCAGGUACACCCGUGACAAUGAUCGCCUAGAAAGCUACAGUGUGAAAGACAACCAAGCGGGUGGAGUCAAGUACGGAAAGAUCAGGGUUUCACAACAUGGCCAGUGUUUGGUCAUUUCGGAUUGUGAGUUCUAA